GGCCUUGUCUUGGGUAAGACGAGAGUUCCCGAAACCCCUUACACAACCUCAUUCAAGAUGGCGGCAGCGGCGACGAUGUUCCGAUGGCUCGAGCUACUGGAAAAGGAGUUCGACAAGGCUUUCGUGGAUUUGGACCUGCUCCUGGGCGAGGUGGACCCGGACCAGUGCGAGCUAACCUUCGAGGGACGGCAGAAGAUGACGGCGCUAAGCUCGGCCUUCGCCCAACUGUGCCACAAGGCGCAGACAAUCUUCCAAGUCAACGCCAAACUUGAGGCCCAGCUAGUAGACCUGCGUUCAGACCUGUGUGAAGUCCGUGCCACCAAGUCUAUCCUAGAGAAGGAGCUACACAACCAGCUGCUUCAGCUGCAUGCUGUACAGCUGCAGCUGCACUCCAAGUCAGGUGUCCACGUCGACUCGGACGCCAUCAAGGCCAAACUGGAAAGUGAGAUGGAGCAGUUUAAGAAUGAUGCGAUGAAGGAGGCUAACCUGGAGGCAGAAGUGAAGGAGCUUCGGAAGGAGAACAUCGAGCUACGCCAACAGAUCCAUGCUCUACAGUCCGAGGUCUACGGUGCAAGGCUCGCUGCCAAGUACCUGGAUAAGGAACUGGCUGGCAGAAUCCAGCAGAUCCAGUUGCUUGGCCGUGACAUGAAGGGUGCGGAACACGACAAACUGUGGAACCAGCUGGAGGCAGAGAUUCACCUCCACAGGCACAAGACGGUUAUCCGGGCCUGCCGCGGCCGACACAGCCCGCUACGCCAGCUACCAGCACCGCCUGGGCAUGACCCACAGCACCUGCGGCGUACCCAGGGCAUCGGAGACGUCAGGACCAUCAAACUCAUGAAGGAACCGGAGGAGGGACUCGGGAUAUCCAUCACUGGCGGCAGAGAACACGGUGUCCCCAUCCUGAUAUCAGAGAUCCACGAGGGACAGCCGGCAGAGCGCUGCAGGAACCUGUUCGUGGGAGAUGCCAUUAUCGCCGUCAACGGGGUGGACCUCAGGAACGCUAAACACCAGGAGGCUGUCGGCAUCCUCUCACAACAGACUGGAGAGAUCACCCUGGAGGUGGUGUUUGUUGCACCUGACAUCGACUCUGACGACGAGAAUGAAGAAUACGUGGACGAAAAUGGAUUUAGGUACCGACUCUACAGAGAUACGGGAGAGGAAGAAGAAAACCCGCCCCCUCAGAUGAACGGCACCAUGUCCAGCCCCUCUACCCCCCAGCGAACCCCCACAACUGAAGAGGGGGGACCCCCUCCAAGCACUAGCUCCCAGCAUGCACCAGGAGAGCCAUCCCACAAUGCCGAGCCUCCAUCCCAACCCAACGCUGGCGCCGCAACGGAACAGCCAUCCCAGAAUGCAACAGGAGAUGCAGCGACACGGGCGCCGAAGACGGGGAAAUUCAAACUCCCGACGAACAUCCACAACUACAUUCCGCCACCGCAGACGGUAGAGAACCCUCGCAGCAGCCAGGCGGUGCCUGGUCUCGCGCCCGGGGUGCAGAACUCGGGACAACAGACAGGGGGAGCAGCUUUACAAACUCUCAGCGUGGGGUCAUUACAGGCCAACGCCGUGCAACAAGAGGUCAUGGGUCAACAAGACAGAGAGUUGUUCCACCCCUCAUAGGUGUGUUUAAAGUUAAACAGGGAGGGUACAGCUCAGUUCUAGAAAAAAAUCAUAAAGGGGAAAACAUAAGAAAUCUAAAAUAUUAAGGUGACUAGUUGCACAAGGAAGUUGUUACUCAAGCAACUGGAUAGGUUUUGAAAACUGUCAGGUGUUUUCAUCAGUGGCUAACUGGAUCUACGUAAAACUUAUGACAGUUUUCAAAACCUAUCCAGUUGCUUGAGUAACAAUUUCCUUGUGUAUCUCAUUACCUGGAUGUCCAACCUUUAUUGAGGUGACUAGAUCGGUGUUUUUAUCAAUUUAACCUUAACCCUGCUAUUCAUGUGUAGUAGCCAUCCAGCACCAGAUUGUAUUGGUUUUUGGAUUAGGCAGCAGGGAGAAGGUUAAUACAUGGAAACUUGAAUUACAAAGUACAACAUGCUGACCUGUGGUUUCAACAAUCUCCAAGCAGAUCCUAGGGUGGCAAAAGACAGUAUCAAUACCUCUCUGGCCAAUGGAUACUUUCUGGCCAGUUUGAUACUGUCUUUUGCCACCCUAGGAUCUGCUUGGAGAUUAUGGUUUCAACAAAACCCUUCGCCUACUUUUUCUAGAACGUCCUAAAUUUAACUGUUCUAUAUUGAGAUUUCUCUACAGUUGGUGAAAUAUAUACCUUGGCUUGAGCAAAGUUAGAGGGUUGAAUGUGCCAUGCACUGUUAAUGCAGGAAAUAAACUCUACAAUCAUCUUAACUUUGUGUAUAGAUAAUGGAAUUAUAAAACAUGAAGAGCCAUGACUGGUGUACAUGUCAUAAAAGUUCCCAAAUUUUACCUAUUUUAACUUGUUCAAUUAUGACUGUAAUUGAAAUAUUGUUAUAUAUUAUGAUGAGAGUAAAAAGAUCUGGUGUAUCUGAAAAGAUGAGAAUUUAUGAUUAUCCAAGAAUAAUGUUACUUGAUGACACAAAAAAACAAGGUGACAGGGUCAAAUUGUAAUGCUUCUUGGCUGUACUAUAAUAUUACACAUUGAUUCCUAGCUAGACUUGGCUUUGUAAUAUUUUCAUAAAGUGCUGUACAUGUAUAUCAAUUGAUGAUUAGUAUCAAAAUGAAUUGGUAACUUAAUUUGUAUAAUACAGUACUAGUACUUAACUGCUUGUGCCAUGCCUAAAAUCAUGCUAAAUUUGGUGCCACUCUACAAAGACACAGACAAACACACAAAUACACUGCUGUGCUGUAGUCAGUGUUGUAUUUCAGCUACCUUUACAGCUAGAAUAACUUUGUUGUCUAGAAAGCU